AUGUCUGCUGUUAAAAGAGGCGAUGUCAUUUGGGUGCCAUAUCGAAAAGAUCCAAUGUGGCCGGCACUUGUUCAAAAUUCUUAUUCGAAAAAAGUCAGCUAUAUAUUUUUUCCGGUUGAUGAGAGUGUACAAGUUAGCCGAACUAGCACUUUUAGUUGUGCCACUAAGGUGAGCUUUUUGAUCUGGGUUUUGACAGAAAGAUCGUAGAAUUCGGUGCAUUUUGAUACCAAACACGCGUUUUUCCGCUUAGGCGGAAGAUUCCGCACAGCGGUAGACAGUGCCGCUGACGCGGAAGCUUGCCGCAAACACUAGCUCAGUUUUAAACAUAUUUAUGACGUGGCAAAGUUUUUACACAAGACAAUAAAUAGGUUACCAUAUGAAAAUCGUAAAAUUUUCUAGCCACGUCAUAACUCUUAUUUAGAGUUGAGCCAAGUUGAUCUUAGCAACCCUAUCUUAAUUAAAAAUCUUUCAGCUCUGUUAUGCUCUUCUCUUCAACGAAGAUUUGGGCGAAAAUGUGGAUGUGGAGCUGAAAAAUGCAUAUUUGGCUGCGUGUAAUUAUAUGAGGAAUCGAGGAAUGAGAAGGGUUAGUUUUUUUCUCACUUUCAAAAAUUCAAAAUUUUUCUAUUGAAGUUUGUGAAGCCAAAGAUUUUAUUGGUUUUUUCUUAUUUUCAACAUUUUAUUGGUUUUCUAAAAGUAAAUUCGCAACUAAAUCUUAUCUUUUUUAGAAUGAAACAUUUCUUCAAAAAUUUACUGUUUCAAAAUGUUUUGUUAAUUUUUCAUCUACAUUUUUAUAUUGAUCUUUUACUUCCUCUAGCGUCAAAAUAAUUUUUCCGAUAAAAUUAUACUGUUUCAAAGAAUUUUUGAUUGGUUUCUUUUCUUUUUUCACAUCUCGUCCGUCAAUUAAAAAGUUAAAGAUUUUAAAAACCUCAAAAAGUUUUUUACAAAUGUUUUUUUCUUCUCCGAAAAAAACGAAAAUCUGCCACAUCACUAUAUAAAUGAAAUUUUUUUGAUCGAAAAAACUUCAGUUUGGUUUAUUUUUCAACAGACCGAAAAAUUCACUGUUUCAAAAAAAAAAUUGUUAAUUUUUCAUCUAUUCAUAUUGAUUAAUUAUUUUCUUCGAUGGGAAAAUCAGUUUUUGAAUACCGAAAAAAAUUACUGUUUCAAAGUAUUUUUAUUCACUUUAUUUUCUUUUUCCACAGCUACUCCGUCGAAUGAAAUAGAUAAAACUGAAGUUUUUGAAUACCUGGGAAUUAUGUGUACAAAUUUUACCCGGAAAUUAAGAACCAUAAAUAAUUCCUAAAAUUUUCAAUUUUGUUCUCAUUACAGGGAAGCGAUAUUCGUUCUCGCCAAGAUCCACCAACUCCAACUCCACAACCAACACCAAACAAACGAAAAUCAUCGAAUUCGUCGCCAGCCGACAUUACAUCGCCCAUCAAAAAAUUGUUGAUAAAAGGCGAAGUGGAUGAAAAUGAUGAAGAGGAUGAUGCAUCGUGUUCGGCUACAACAACUGCAAGUUUGUCAGAAACUGAAGCCAAGAAAAGUUGGUUUUGGGGCUCAAAAAUCAUCGAAAAUGAUGAGAAAUGACCUAAAAACCUUGAAAAUAGUCAAAAAUAUGAGAAUUUCCUUUUCAGAACAAUCGGAAUCACCACCAAUCACCCCAAAAAUCAAUCGUCAUCGAACUUCCUCAAUUAAUUUGGAGCAAAAAAGUCGUGAAGUGAUGGCAAUUAUGAAUGAAAAUAUUGAACAUUGGUUCGAUGAAAUGUGGCAAUCGGAUAGAGUUAAAAUGUAUAAACAACCGAAACGCGAUGGAUUAUCGAUUAGUUUUAGAAAUAAUUUAUUAACUGGUGAGUUUGGGUUUUAAAAUUGUUUUAAAAAAAUAUUUUUCUCAAUUUUCUGAAAGUUUUGAGACCUCAUAAGCCAAAGAAUUCUUUUUUGGCUAUUCUUGUCUGAAAAAAUGAAGCUAGACAAUUUUUUUGAAUUAAAAAAAACAGUAUUUGAAAAACAACCUGAAACAACCAGAAAUCCUCGAUUUUUUGAAUAAAACUUUCCAAAAUAUAAUAUAAUUGGAAUCGGUGAAUUUUCAAUAGAAAACAUUAUAAGAUAAAUUUGAAACAGUGAUUUUUCUGGAAAUUUUUGAAGAGAUUAUUAAGCUUCAAUCAGUUUUUUCAAAACACCAAAAUUGUAUGAGAAAACAUUGGAACAGCAAAUUUUUUUCAAAUAAAUUGAUAUUAUUAGUUUUGAUGGAAAAUUCAGAAAUAAUUAAAAAUAAGCUCAGAUCAUUUUUUAAAGCCCAAAAUUGUAUCAAAUAAGAUUGAAACAGUAAGAUUUUUUUUUCUAAAAAUCCUUCUUUUUAAAUGUUGGUGAAAAAAUUCAAAAGAAAUUAAAAAUCCGAAAUUAAUAAUUUUUGCGAUUUGGAUAAGUUAACGAUUUUUUGAAAUUCUAUGGGAAAAAUUUUAAAAAGUGAUUUUUAUAUGAAUUUUUCACUGGCGUAUAUAGUAAAAUCAGUUUUUCAAAACACGCGAAAUUCUUUGAAAAAACAUUGAAACAGCAAAUAUUUCAAAUAAAUUGAUAUUAUUAGUUUUGAUGGAAAAUUCAGAGAUAUUUAAUUAAAAAUCCGAUUUUAAUAUUCUUGUUGUUUAGCUAUUUGAGGAAAUCCUAGAAGCCUAAGAAAAACAAUUGAAACAGUAAUUUCUGUAGGAUUUCCUCGGAUCAAUUUUUUAAAACACCAAAAUUGUAUGAAAAAAUUUUGAAACAGUACAUUUUUUCAUUGGAACAAUACUUUUUUUAAAAAUUUUCUUAUCAUUUUGAAAUGCCCUAAUCCGAAGUUUCUCAAAAAAUCAAUAAUUUUCAUUGCAGCCACUGAUUUCGACAAUAUUGUCGAUCGACUUGUACAAAUGAUUCGUAGACGGAAUCCAAAUAUUUCACUUAUUAUUUCACUCCAUAUUAUUAGCUCUAUUAUACUUCCUCAUUGUAUGAUUUCGUGUUUGACUAUUUACAAAUCAAUGACUUAUGAACGAGCAAUGCGAGCUUAUGCAAAAAUUAAACCGGUGUAAGUUUGACUUUUAUUUUUCUAGUACAAAAUCCAUUUUCUUUUAGAUAUCCCAAAGAUGGUCUCGAAGAACUUUGCCGUAUUGCGUGUAUUGAACGGGAAGCAUUAUUAUUGUCCUAA